AAUUACUAUAACUGUACCCACUGCUUAAAUACUAUUAUUUACUUACACGAAAAUUUUUAACUAAUCGUAAAAAUUGUACUUUCAAACAUUGAAAAGCGUAAGUCCAUGUAAUAUAAUGGCUUCUGGAUCUAAAAAUGAUGUUGUAAAUAGACUGUCGAAUGUGAAGAUCGCCGAUGCCGACGGCGACGGUGACGAAGAGCCCCCACAAAAUAUGCUUCCCUCAAAUCAGCAGGCACGUCAAAGUGGGCACGACGAAGAGAUGGCUCAUUCUAUUGACCCUAUGCCUUCCUCUUCUGCUAUUGAAAACCUACCAACACAUAACACAGGUGGACGCUUGCACAACUGGCAGGCAACCAAAACAACUGUAAAAGAACGUUUAUCAUUCUUGUUUAAUAACGAAAUCCUCUCUGACGUGCAUUUUAUCGUUGGUAAAGACGCCAAUCAGCAGAUCAUUCCAGCGCACAAGUUCGUACUUUCGGUUGGAAGCGCAGUUUUUGAUGCCAUGUUUAAUGGUGUACUGGCUACAAAGUCUGACGAGGUGGAGCUUCCAGAUGUGGAACCCGCAGCUUUCCUACAUCUGUUAAAGUUUCUGUACUCGGAUGAAGUACGAAUUGGACCCGAGAGUGUGAUGACAACAUUAUACACCGCCAAAAAAUACGCUGUUGCUGCUUUAGAGGAGCACUGUGUAGAUUUUCUAAAAAGCAAUUUAGGUACAGAUAAUGCUUUCUUGUUGCUCACACAGGCUAGGUUGUUUGAUGAACCGCAAUUAGCUGCACUUUGUUUGGAAAUGAUUGAUAAAAAUACUGCAGAUGCUUUGAAUGCUGAAGGAUUUACAGACAUAGAUCAAGACACUUUAAAUGCUGUCUUAGAAAGAGACACUCUCAGAAUUAGAGAAGCCAAAAUCUUUUCAGCUGUCCUUCGCUGGUCAGAAGCAGAAUGUAUAAGACGCCAGCUUCCAGUGACCCCAACUAAUCAAAGAACAGUUCUUGGCAGAGCUUUCCAUGCCAUACGGUUUCCCCUGAUGUCAGUGGAAGAAUUUGCUAUGGGUCCUGCCCAAAGUGGUCUUUUAGAUGAUCGGGAAAUUGUACAAGUUUUUCUAUAUUUCACUGUAAAUCCAAAACCUAAUGUUGGAUUUCUGGAUACACCCCGCUGUUGUAUGACUGGCAAAGAGUUGACAGUGAAUAGGUUCUCACAAACAGAAUCCAGAUGGGGCUACAGUGGGACAACAGACCGAAUCAGAUUUACAGUGGAUCAGAGGAUUUUUGUUGUUGGUUUUGGGUUGUAUGGAUCAUAUUUUGGACCAAGUGAAUAUGAAGUGCACUUGCAAAUAAUCCAUCUGGCAACAAAGAAAGUGUGUGGAUCAAACACAACUACAUUUUGCUGUGAUGGAACUGAUGAUACCUUUAGGGCAAUGUUCAAAGAACCAGUUGAAAUUCUUCCUAACACUUCUUACAUUGCUAGUGCCAAAUUAAAGGGCACUGACUCGUACUACGGAUCAAAAGGUGUUCGUCGCGCAACAGUAGAUUGCAACAAUGGUGAAAAGGUAGUCUUUCAGUUUUCAUAUGCUGCUGGAAAUAACAAUGGUACAUCUGUUGAAGAUGGCCAGAUUCCCGCCAUAAUUUUCUACAUUUAACCCUCGUCACCCGUGAGGCUUCUCUCGGACCUGAUUCUAUAUGGAAAGCUCGCUAAAGUCGCCAUUGUUUUGGGAACUGGCAACAUUCCUAUGUAAGUGUAAUAUGGCUUUGACGAACUGUUCAAAGACUAAGACAUAGUUUAAAAAGGAAAAUUAAUAAGUGAAUUUGGAAAAAGUGAAAUUAAACUGUUUACUGUAGCUUAGUAAAUAGCGAGUUUCAAAAUAAGUCAAUAGUAUGUAACAGUAUUUCAUUAAAAAUUGUUUAAUAUGAGAGCAAAACGCUUAAAAAAUAUAGUUGGAAGGUGUUUUAUGAGAUUGAUGGAGCCUUAGAAACGAAUCUUAGUAAUUUAAAAUACUGAAUGAAUAUUUGAAGGCUUUAGCUUUUUUGCUUUCAAUAUAGAAAAGGAUUCAAAGUAACACCAAGUUCAAGUUCAAGUUCAAGUUCUUAGAAAACAGAAAUAAAAAUAUUUUCGUUGAUGCAAUAAAAAGCGCUUUCUGUAUAUUCGUUAUAGUAAUUUAACUUAUUGUGUCAAAUAUAAAAUGUUUAGAAAUCAAAUUGUAGCAUAUUACUAAUUUAGUGCUUUAAAGUCUAAGCAGUUUCUAUUAUAAUCUAAAAGUAUAGAAAAAUUGUCAUAACAUUGCGAGUGUUGUUUAUAUAAGUAUACCCUCAGAUUCAGAGAUGAGACUUAAUGCUAAGUGCGACUCCCGUAUCUCAAAAAUGUAUUAGAUUUUGACAUACUGAAUUUGAUGCUAAUCAAGUUCAAUGUAAGUAAGAGGGAUGCAUCGAUACUCUUAUAAAAAUAUAGUCGAUACCGAUACCAAACCUUAUUGAAUUAAAAUUAAAUUAAGGUAAGAUAUAUCGAUUUUUAAUUUAUAUUAAAAAAUAUAAACAGUCACUAACUUUGAAUUUUAGAAGAUUAAAGGUUAAGUUAUUAAAAUUGGGAAUUGAGAGUAAUAAUUAAAUUUUAAUAAAAUAAAUAACUGUUAGUAAUUAAAAUUAACAUUAAUACGAUUUUUGUAAUUCUAUAUUUUAUUUAAUUUGGUAUUGAAAAAAUACAAUUCGUGAUAGCAGUCAAAAGCCAACUAAAGUGUCUAGCCAAAUGAAAUACGCGGGGCCAAUGCGGGUGAGAGAGACAAGAAACGGGGAUUCCCCGGGCAUAGAUAGUCCGUGCCUCGUUUGCAACUAGAUCAAAGAAUAUGCGUUUUUAUAUUACUAUUUUGAAAACUAUCGCUGAAUCGGCAAACCCAAAGUAUCGCCGAUAUAACGGUAUCGGAUGCAUUCCUAGUUAGCAACAAUUUAUCAACUAAACAACCCAAUUUGGCCAAAAAGUUUUUGAGUUUUGACAUAAGAACCCGUGAUAAAGAUUUAUUGAGUGGAAAAAUUAAGUGAUAUUUAUUUUAUAAGCAACAGGCAAAUAUGUUCUAAAAACUUAAAGGCGAAAUUGAGAUUAUUUAUUGUUAAACUAAAAAUUACUUUUUGUUUUUCUUUGGAAAUAAGCACCUAAGUCUACCCGUUUGUUCAGUUUAAUAUGAUAUAAUCGUAAUACAAAACCAUAUGAAUAGCUUAUUCAAAUAGAACGGUCUUCGCUGUAUGAAAUUUCCGUAUAUUUUCAUAUAUAGUUUUUAAUUAUCUAAUGAGUUGGCUAAACAUUCCCUCAGAAUAAAGAUCAAACGGGAAUUUAAGGCAGAUAUUUGUGCAGUAAAGUCAGUGAUAUUACUGUGAAGUGAAUGUGUUUUGUAAACGUAUUAUAUUAAAUAGUUAAUUGGAAAUUUAUAGGGCAAUCUAGGGAUGCUAUAUUUGCAAAUCCUAUAAUCUCCAAAAUUUUGAUUAGUUUAUAAUUUAUCAUAUUCAGACAAGUUGCGUCAAAUGUCGACGAAGCGUAUAUUAUUAUGUACUUAUUACACAACCUUUUUCGAGAUUAUAUGAAUCAAAGUCUGGGCUGGAAUUCACUUAUGCAUUUUAAUAUGAAAUUAUUUUCAUUUAUUAGGCAAAGGAUUGUAAAUCUGAUCUUUAUCUAUAAGGAAUAUUUCUGGUAAAAUAUGACGAACAAAUAAAGCAAACACAAUUAUCUUUGUAAUACACGCUUCUUCUCACGUGAAGAACGUUAAUUUAAGGUAGAGAAAACAUCAAAUUCACUUUUAAAAUUUCUCGUUUCAAUUGUGGUAAGUUCAUUAAAAAUGUAAGACAUGAAAGUGUUCUUACUGUUCUAAAUUACAUUUAUAUGUAAAAUUGUAACAUUGUUGGUGUUCAAAGAGAGAUGCUUUUUAGUAUGUAGUAUGUAAAUUGCAUGUAUCCGUAAGCUUUUAAAAAUGAAAAUAACAAAAGACGAAGUGAUGGCGCUUUUAAUUUUAACUACUUUAUCUAUAGCAUAACAUAGCGUCAGACCAAAUAAACAAAACGCGCGCUUUUCGUCUUUUUACAUUCUCACCACCUUGUACCCUUAGUACGAACUAUACGUGUAAUCGAAUAGAUCGAUACAUUUUUGUAUGAGAAACAUCGGAAAUGCUCCGUGGAACGUUACUGCAGAAUUGUAUGGAAAAUUUAAUACUUGUAGGGAAACUCGAUUGGUUCGGGCGGAGAGUUGUGUGGGGCUCGUAAUCUGAGCAUACUCAUUAAAACCCCACUGCACCAAUAACAAUAGCUCUAGAUGGUGCGCAGUAACAGCGGCGCCGCGCCCAACACUGAAUACUUGACUAUGGUAAAGUUCGUAUUAAGGGUUCAGAUGUCUUUUUAUAAUUGGCUGUUUAAAUCAUAUUAACGACGUUAUAUAACCUAUUGCUUUGUCAAUCUAUGUUGGUUACCGUAAGCCUUAUGAUAUCAAAGACUCUUUGUCUUAUAAAAUUAAAGCUUUGAUGGUAACCUCUAGUGGAUAUUGAUACAAUAUUCGCUUUAAGAUAUACUAAAUUGUAGUGUUGUAGUGGUAGUGUCAUUAACAUGUAAGGGUAACUAAAUUCCUAUAACGGUCUUAGACCUUGAUCUAGACAUUUGAUUAAGUAAUUGAUCACACACAUAUCAAUACAAGCGGAAUACGAAAUUGAACUUUUUAUCAAAACCGGCAAAAUUGUACGUAUUAGUAUAUUAAUGCUAUCUCUAAUGUACAAAAAUAUGGCUACGAUUAAAAGUUUUUUUUUUUUCAUUAUAAACGUACAGAAAAAAUAGCUAAUAAAUUGUCCUAUCUUGUCGUUUUGGAAAUAAUGUAGUGUGUCAAAACUGUAAUUAUAGGUACCGGCAAACUUCUUGAGCAUUAAACAAGGGAGCGGGGGAAAGUUUGCUCAGCGCGAGACACAAACGUCAACUGAUUUACCAAUCACGCCAUCAACACAUUUCUCUCCCGCCGCCUCCCCAGUGAUACCUAAAAAUCGCUUCUGCGCAGGCAAGGACAUUUCUUUAAGAUGUUUGCCGGUAUCUGUAACUUGUCAAUCGUUUAUAAAUAACAGGCGUACUUAGAAUCGUAUUUCAAUUAUGAUUACAACAAAGAACUCAUUAAAUCCAACCAGAAAUUGAAAGAGCCUUACCUUUGUACUCACAAGCCAGUAUAAAAUGUUUAACACCAUUCUUUAGGUAACUUUUAUUAUUAAUCUGUCAUUAGUGACUUGAUGUUGAAACGUGAACUCCGGUACGUCAGAAUCUAAUAUGUUUAUAAUUUACGGGAGUCAUACUUAACGUUGAGUUUCGCCGUCUUAAGUAUGAAAGACAAGAUAUUUGUACAUUAGAAUUAGCAUCCUAUUUAGUCACAUAUUAUAAUGUAGAUCAUAUUUUAGUCUCAAAUACUACGAAAACGCUUAGAUUCGUAUUAGAAUUAUCUGUGAUAGCAAAUCAUUUGUAAAUUUAUUUUUUUAGCUCAAUUGUAUUCAAUGUUUCAAUACGCCAUUUUUUUAAAUUGAAUUAUAUCUAAUACCUAAAACCAAAUGUUAGGUGUAAACAAUUUUGUCACUGUCCUUUAUUUUUUUAAUAACACGUGGUUAUUUUAUUAGUUUGAAGUUAAAAAUAAAUUUUCAAUUCUUACUUCAUUUGGGCUGUCUAGUCAAAUUUAUUUUCUAAAACAAUUCACAAGAAACUGUAACUUUA